AUGAAAACACUGGACCACAUAUUGUCAUGGGGACUGAUAGACUCGCUUGCCUCAGACAGCAAUGACUCUGUGCCUGACCGGAUUGUAGAUAUGGUUCGAGCAGAAUUGCAUAAAUGUGGGAAACCACAGAAAAUUAUGGCUGGAGCAGAUGUGUAUUGUGGCAUGCUGCAGUUUGAGGGCAGCCCUAGAACAAGAUCUCUGACUCAGCUCAUGGUAUUGCUGUGUCACAGAUAUCCCAGGGUGAGAAAAACAACUGCUGACAAACUGUACGAAGCAUUGCUGACGUAUGACGAUGCUGUGCCUGAAGAAAACUCUGCAGAAGUCAUGGCCAUUUUGAGUGAUACUAUUUGGGACACACAGGAACUGGCAGAGAUACGAGAGAAGAGGAAUACUCUGUGUGAUUUACUUGGAAUUAAAAGGCCUACUGUAAUCAAGAAGUCAUAA